AUGGCGACCCCGUCCACAGCCUCUCUUGAUGAUGAGAAGCGCUCAGUUUCCGCCAAUACCAGUUUCCCCCUGAACUUACGCCACAAUCAAACCGGCCGACCGUCGUCACCUCAUACACCUCAACAGCAAUUGCGGUCCAGUAACUCUUCCUUUGCGAGCACCGGCUCGGGGGGUAGUUCUUUCCGCGGAGAAGAGGACGCAAUUAUUUUUGAACUUGGAUCCCGGUGGUUUCGAGCUGGAUUUGAGGGCGAAAGCACACCUAUAUGUGUAGUGGGAUAUGGGCCAAAUGACUGGAGGAGAGCGGGCGACUAUAGAGGGUGGGUGAAAGGGAUCAACAAUACGAGCAGCUCGCGAGCAGUCAAUGCAGAUCAAUGGACUGGUGCAUACGAACUGUGGAGGAUGGAUUUACGUGAUGUCGACCUGGGACUCAUCGAGGACAAAAUCGAACGGGUAUUUCGGGAAACAUAUAACAAAUAUCUGCUGACAGAUGCGGGCACAUCACGAUUGGUGCUGGUCAUCCCGUCUAUCAUGCCACAUCCGUUAUUAUCUUCGAUUUUGUCGACUCUUUUCAGUCGCUGGCGAUUCCCCAGUAUCACCCUUCUUCCGAGCCCUGCAAUGGCCGCGGUAGCAGCAGGGCUCCGCUCAGCAUUGGUGGUAGAUCUGGGAUGGGCAGAAACUACUGUAACCGGUCUGUAUGAAUACCGAGAGAUUUCCGCCAAGCGAAGUACAAGAGCCAUGAAGUCCUUGCUUCAGGAGACAGGGAGGAUGCUCACUCGCCUUGCCUCGGACGCCAGUCGGGAAUCUGAAGUUGCGGACGACAUAACCGUCAGCUUCGAGUACUGCGAAGAAGUCGUCAGUCGUUUUGCCUGGUGCAAGCCCCGGGUAGGUGACAAAGUAGCUUCACUAUCUGAAUCGCGCAACAUGCAAUCACCGACUGGAAACGUCCCCGAAUCCAUAGGCAACAGGAUGGUGUCGAUUCCAUCUCCAUCGAAUCCUCAUUCGACCUAUAUUGAUAUUCCAUUUUCGGCGCUUGCGGAGCCGGUUGAGAAGAUCCUUUUCGCCAAGGAAUCAGCGGAGCGCGAUUUGGACGACGAAGAAAAGUCAAUACCUUUGUUGGUUUACAACACGCUACUCGGCCUGCCGCCCGAUGUUAGGGGCACAUGUAUGUCGCGGAUAAUAUUCGUUGGAGGUGGUGCUAAUAUUCCCGGCAUACGACGGCGAGUUAUCGACGAGGUGGCGGCGAUGGUCAAUGCAUAUGGCUGGAGCCCAGUCCGCGGCGAAGCAAUUCAGAAAGUAGAGGAGAAGUUCCUAGCUUCGAGGCUGAAAACGCCGGCGCCCGUGACUGGCAGUCAAAGUUCAGCGGUACCGGAUAAUCAAGAUCAAGAGGCAGCCGAAGAAGAGGUAGAUUUCGUUGAGCAGAAGCUACGCCGUAGCAAAGACAAGGACACGAAACACCAGGUACAUGGUAUACUACGCGAGGUGGAAUCUCUGGGUGCCUGGGCCGGAGCCAGUCUUGUGGCAAGCCUCAAGAUCAGGGGACAGGUGGAGAUUGAGCGGGAGAAAUAUCUCCAGCAUGGUCUUGCUGGUGCCAGCCGGGACUUGGAACAUGGCCAUGUUCCUGAUCGACGUUCUGGUCUUCGAGCAGGCGGGGAUCGGUCAAGCUGGACACUAGCAGCCUGGGGUUGA